AUGUUUAAUUCACGCUCCCUCGCUGUUGCCGCCUUCGUCGCCUAUGUCGCAGCUCAGGCCACCGAUGACGCCGGGCUUGGAGAGCAAGACUUCUCUAUUUCUGAGAGCUGCAGGAACACGAUCUCUGAGCUCGCCUCCAGCCCGGAUGCAAGGUGCUUGAGCGCUAGCCCCCUCCUCCCACUCUUCACGAGCGAAAAUCCCCUCAAUGUCGAAGUUGCCCCUCUUCUGAAGGAAUGGUUGCCCGAGAUGUGCAGUGCUCCAAGCUGCACCAACGAUAACAUUGCUGCCAUCAUUGACACCGCCACUACCGGUUGCGAAGAGCUUGCAGUCUCAGAAGAAGAUAAAGAAGGAGUCCAGGCGAUGAUUGAACUUUACUACCCCAUCGCCCGAAGGAUUCUUUGCUUGAAAGAUGGGAACGACCACUGCGCAGUGAAGAUUGUGGAGGCCCUUCAAACGGAACCGCUCACCAUCGAAAACAUCCACCGUAUCAUGGCAGUAACUGAGUUUGGAAAAGACCUUCUCUGCUCUGACUGUGGAAAGGCUAUCUUCAAUGUCCUCAUUGAAGAUUACCCCGGACUGUCCGAAAAUACUGCUGUUUCGGGAUAUGUCACGAACAUGUGCGGUGCCAACUUCACCGAUGGACAGGAUCCAUUGGCUCAAGGAUCGAAGAGCAACAGUUCGGACUCGAACAACGACCAAGCCGACGGAUCCACUGAUGACGAGUCUGGUGUCUCUCGAGGUCUCUACUUCGGCGCUGCUGCCAGCUUCGUUGCUAUUGUUGCCUCAGUAGUCGCGACUUUGCUUUAA